GUAGUAGUUUUUUAUUUGUAAGAGGACUUUCUUGUCAUUUGGAUUGCAUAUAGUAGCAGAUUGUAAAGGUUUCAGUAAGGAGAAAAAGAGUACAAAAUAAUAUACAAGUGAUAUUUUCAUGGUUCAACAGAGGCUUAUUUUUUCCCCUCUAGUAUUCAAGAUUCAACAUAUAUAUAUAUAUAUAUAUAAAUAAGAUCCUGUGAAAAUAGGUCCCUAUGUGAGUAUACUACUUUAUAUGAGAAUGAAUCUAAUCCGUAAGAUUAGAUUCAAUCUAAUGGGUAGGAUUAAAUGUGACCAAACCCAUCCACCUUCCCCAUUAAAAGCCACGUCUCUAUCACUAAACCCCACCCACUUUCUCUCUCUAAAACCUUUCCUCUUCUUUCUCUCUCCCGUUCGAGACUCUCUCUGUUCUCCCUCACGAUUUUCUCUCUCCUCUCGCGAAAAUCGCCAUCGCAGCUCCAAAAACGGCCGAUCAACGUCCUUCGCCGCCGAUGUAUUGCAGAUUUAAGAUGACUGGAGUACGAAACCAAUACGAACGACGAAGCAAACACAAACACGACAAACAAGGAACAAAUCCAGUCGAUACUGAAGAAAGGAAUAAGAAUGAACGCGCCAAAGAAACGGAGCCAGUUGUCCCGCAAUCACUUCUGAACGACAUCAUGAACAAUUUAGAGGAUCCCGAACAUCACACCAAUCAAGAAACUGAAGUUAACACCAAUGAAAAAAGCAAUGAUAAUGGAAACCAAGAACAAGAGUCUGAUCUCACUCAAGGACGGAAAGAGAUUGUCAGGGAUCCCGAAGAUCACACCAAUCAAGAAACUGAAGUUAACACCAAUGAAAAAGCAAUGAUAAUGGAAACCAAGAACAAGAGUCUGAUCUCACUAAAGGACGGAAAGAGACUGUCAGGGAAACCGAAACUCAAACCAAUGCAGAAACUGAACCUAUCAUCAAUGAAGAAACCAAUGCCAAUGUAAACAAAGAACAAGAGGAAGUGAAUCAGAAGAAUGACAAAAGAAGGAAACAUAUUGCAAAAAGGAAACAAGGGAAUGAAAUUGUUGUUAGAGAUGUCAAGAAGCACAAGUCUGCAGUUGUUGUGCACUCGGGAUCAAAA